GAGCAAGGCGGCGGCGGGGAAAGGGUACUUGCUAAAUUUUCGCAUGUUAUAUUGAUUGUGAGUUUUCGUGGUCGUCAACGUUUCUCCUUAGGAAUCAAGGAAAAAGAUAAUACACCUGCGAGAAAAACGGAAAGGAUUACCACCGGCAAGUCACUGAAAAGUCACACACAUCUAAAUUGGAAAUACAGAGUUACUUACAGUUACGUCUUGCCCAGGUGGAAUUGAAAAUGACUUGGAUCGUCACUUGCUACUAGCCGGCCGCAGGAUGGAGGAGCUGAGGUAGUGUCCACGAUGCGACAGAAAUCUCCUCGGACGCGGAACGCAACCCCCUGAUGACCACUUCUUGCCAGUGUACAAGUGAGCGCGUCUUACUUCCCAACGAGCAAGAUCUAUGGUCCAGUAUUCAGGAAUGGCUGAGAAGACCUCUCCACAUAGGAAGGAGAAGCAAGGAGGGGUGAAGUCUCCCAUGGCAACCAAGGGGGAGGGGGGUAAAACCCUCAAACGCAAACUCUUCACUGGUGUCAAUGGGGAAGGGGCUGAAGACAAGAAGCCGCCCAAGCCGACGCCGAAGCGCAAGAAGCCCACGUCCCAGCCGGGCAGCCCGACUCUCCUGGGAACGCCGGGGCGCUCCAUCCCACUGUCGGAGAGGCAACAGUUGGCUCUGCUCAUGCAGAUGACGGCUAACGAAGAGAACAACAGCCCAGUCGUCAAUCACCCUCCAGCCAAGCCCCUCACGACCCCGGGAUCGGUGGGCGGCGUCAAGAACAAGGCCAACAAGCGCAACGAGCGAGGGGAGGCCCCACUCCACCUAGCCUCCAUCCGGGGCGACGUCCAGGCCACCAAGAACUUGAUCAAGCAGGGGGCGGAGGUCAACGUGCAAGACUUUGCAGGUUGGACGCCUCUCCACGAGGCCUGUAACCAUGGCUACUAUGAGGUUGCCAAGCUGCUUCUCAAGGCCGGAGCAUUCGUUAACACCCAGGGACUAGAAGAUGACACCCCGUUGCACGAUGCCGCCGUGAAUGGCCACGUCAAGGUGGUGGAGCUACUCCUGAAGCACGGAGCCAACCCUCUCCAGGUCAACAAGCGAGGCAAGGCCCCCAUCGACCUGGCCUGCAACGCCGAGAUCCGCAGCCUCAUGAAGAAUGAGAUCAUCGAGACCAGCAGCGACACCUCCCUGGCCGAGGCCCGGCCGCCGACGUCACCGGAGAGCGUGGACUCGGUGGACGGUCAUGAACUCAGAAAUGGCCAGGCUAGACCCGAUCCGUACGAGUUUGACCAUCAGGAUCGCAGUCCCAACGAGCAGAAGAUAACGAUUCACUGGGCGUCGCCGGACAAAUCUGGCAAGGGGGCAAUCAUGGAAAUCACCAGAACUAUCCCCAAAUUGAACGACCGAGCCACCCCAAACUCCAUGACCUCGACAACCACGUCGGACAGCGAUCUGUUUGAUCCCCACUUAAACACAAAACCUUUGAAUAAUGCUGCGCCUAAUGUAGCUGUUCUUAAACAGCAGCAACAACCGCAGCAGCAGCAUCAUCUGCAGCAACAGCAGCAGCAGCAACAGCAGCAACAACCUGUGCGCGUAGUCGUUCCCGAGGUUCGGAACUCGCAUCAGGACUUGAAGUCCCAAGGAGAGGUGUGCAACAACGCCUCGCGUUCCUCCCCAAAGGAAUCCAACACUGUCCCCAUGUGUGAUACGGGGGUGCCCAGGGUAGCGGGCGCCAAAGAGGACUCGGACAGCAGUCUGAGCGAUUUGAACUUGAUCAUGUCGGACGACUCCAAUGCAGCAACCGAGACCAAAGGGACCUCAGGUAAAGCGGACAGCACCACGGCAGAAUCCACGCUCUCCUCAUUCAUGUGGAACACCGCCAAUGGAAGAACUUUACCGCAAUCGAGUUAUGUCAGCAACGCCAUGGUUCCCACGAUAGACUCCAGCGCCCAGCAGCCACAGCAGCCGCGUGUGAAUGCCGCUAGUAUAUCAUCAGGCUCUGUUUUCCCGGAGAACUCUUCCAGCAAGCAGGACACGUCCCUAGCCAGUUUGAAUGUGAACAGUAAAGCCUCCUCGUCCUCAAUGAGCCCCCUGGCUCCAUUCAGUACUUCGUCUCUGUCGUCGUUGCCUGGACUGCCUCUCCAACAGGCGCAGAGCCGCAUUGCGCCAGACACGCCCUCAGAGUCUGUUGACUCGCAACAACGCCCAUCCAGUAACGUUGUCGUCGGGCAGGAUUUGCCGGUGCAGCCGUCGCAGUCCACUCACCCUAACCGCUUAGUAUCAGCUACCUCGGCGAGUCUGACCAGUACCAAUUACCAAACGGAACAGAAGCCAGUCGAUAGACCGGUGCCUGGCUGUGCUGACACUCAGGCUACAAACAGUGUGUCAGAGUGGAGGACAGACACCAAACCAGUCAUGCCUAUGGCUGAUAGCCGCUUAGGAAGUGAGUCGGAUUCAAGUAUGGAUAGACUUAUACAACCUCAGGUGCAGCAGCAGCAGCAGCAGCAGCAGCAUGAGAGGCGGGAUCGCCCAAAGAGACACAAAGAUCGCUCGCAUCAAAAAUCACAUCGGAGACACCACAGACAUCAAAGUCAAUCUAGUCAGGGGUCACGCUCCUCUAAGGAUGAACGCUCCUCUAAGGAUGAACGCUCCUCUAAGGAUGAACGCCACUUCAGUGAGGAAGCCAGUACCUCGUCCAAGUCCCCAUCACCGGAGGUGAAAGCUGUCGAGAAUGGACAGGUUGAGCUCGCGGAGAACUCCCCGGAUGGCCAUAAAUCAGACCCCCAACAAAGAGCAUCACCUUUCCCAGUUGCGAGGGAAUACUACAUCGUCUCGCAACCAUCCUCGGCCGAUAACGCCGGAGAAAUCAAAGCUUUGCUGCUCAGACCGCGGGAUCCCAGUACCAUCCCACAAACUCGGCCCAAAGAGGCCACCUCCUCUCCGACAUCUGUCUCUUCCACAAGUGCCUCUCUGCCUCCGGAAAACAACCAAACACCAGCUGAGCAGGACCCCACGACCUCCAACAGGAUCACAGACUCUGUCGCUGCCUCAUCUAGCACUGACUCGACCAACCGCAAAAGUCCUGUCUUACGCGAUUUGGAAAGGCGGAGAUCGCCAGCAAGGGGAAGCCCGGAUGUGACAUCAUCGUCAUCGUCCACCUCGAACCAGACGGGGAAAGGCUCUCCAAAAGCUCAAGAGCAGCCUCCAGCAGUGCAGGAGAAACCCCAACCUCCCAAGCCCACACGGACACUGCGAUCUAACUCAGGAAUGGUGAACUCUAACAGCAACAGUGCCGCCAACGAGACCAACGGUAACGAGAAAGAAAUCGCGAUGACCACGCCCAUGACCAGGAGUCGCCGCAUCCAAGCUGCCGAGUCCUCCUCCUCAACCUCCACGCCGGAGCCCAACUUGGAAUCCUCUCAUCCCAGGAAGCGAAAAAUGGCACGGCACCGCCAGCAGCAACAGAAUAACGGGGAGUGCUCAACCAACGUUGAACGGCAGUCACCGCCGGCUCCCUUGGAGAGAAUCAACACCAUGGAGAUGUUUCUGAACAUCAGGCAGAGGAUUGCGGCCCGGCAACGGACGAUGAUAGCCAACGUCCAACCUAAGCAACCCAGCGGUUACAGCGAGUACCUGAUGCAUAGGAAGACCUACCUACUAGCCAGUGAUCCAGACACCAAGAUCAGCGUGGCUAUCCCUAAUAUGGAAGCACCUCCUGAGCUACACAACAUCUGUCUGCAACAGUUCCGAGAACAGGAAAAGAAGCGACAUGAUCUAAGAUGUCGACAUUGUAUUGAGAGAGAGAAACUGAUGUUAGCAGCUGAGCAGGACAUCAUCCGAGUGUACGGUCGAGCAGCGAGGGCCUUAGCCAAUCAGAGCAUUCCAUUCAGCGUCUGUACGGUUCUCAAGAACCAGGAAGUCUACAACAUGCCCGAGCCCAUGCCACAUGAAGAUAGCAAAGGAAGCAUCCGUCAACGCUACAACGGUCGACAGCUACUGUCGUGGCUGCAGGACGUGGACGACAAGUAUGAGAAAAUCAAGGAGGACCUUCUUCAACGGCAUCAACACGAGGCGGCGUCGCUGUACGCCAUACAGAAGCUGGAAUGGGAGCUCAAGUUGCAGGAGUUGAAGCUGUGGGACCCCAAGAACCGCCCCCAGAUCCCGUCCUGCCACGUGCCCAUGGUGGAGGUCGACAGAGACCUGGAUCUGCUACCGGCCUAGAGGUCUUAAACCAUCGAGGAAAAAACAACGGAUGAGGUCGGAAAAUCGGAUUGAUUACGGAGAGGAUUGAAACCCAUGUAACUGAUUUACACUUGGGGUAACCGGCGAAGGAUUUGAAAAGGGAUGGGCGGAGUUAUUGAAUGGGAGGUGAUCCCGUAAAGGGGGUGGAUGUUCGGGUUGGGUCAUUCGGGGGAUGUUGGCAUGGUCGAUUCGUCGGUCAAAAUUUUGCCCGCACGAUUUCGUGUUCAGAGGUGGUUUGUUAAUGGGAAGUUUUAUGAGCGAAAAUUUUGGUAGCUUGUUGGCACUAGAAACAAAAAAAACAGUAAGGUGGCGGUGGAAUAUGGAACAGGUUUGAACGUGUACCGAGUGGUGAUUUUGAAAAGAUUGAUUUUAUGACUGACUAGUUGGCAAACCUGUGAGGUUUUUAUUGAGGUGGUUUUUCUUUUUUUUUUUUGGAGAUUUUAUUUGGUCAAAUUGAAGGAUUGGGUGAUUGGGAUGUGGGGACGAAAAGAGCUUUAGGGGAACGUAACUACCAUUUCCAGAAGAACGACCGUUUUGCGGAGAGGAAAAUCUCGCUGUCAUUUUGGUGGAAUUUAUUGUUAUUUGUUGGGGUUUUUUUUUAUCCCAAGGGAUAACCAGAAGAACCAAUUAUUUGAGGAAAAUAUUGAGAAAAAAAUGUUGUCUUUAUCACAGGUACAUUGUAAAUAAAGUAUACAUAUAAAACAAAUGUAUAUAUAUAUAAAAACAACUUGUGUUUGUAAAUUACACAUUGACAAAAUUCACACAUGUACAGAGAGUUACUCUUUAACACGAAUUGAUUGUUGUUGUUUUUCUAACAAAUCAAGAAUCUGUUUCUGAUGGAGAUUUGUUCUUAACAAAAUUUGGAAAAAAGUUUAACAACUGAGGGAGGUUUCCCAAGUUGUUGUUGUUUUGUUUUUUUAAGUGAUUGAGCUUUGUGGAUUUUUUUUUGUUUUUAGUGAUGUUGACCAAAAAUUCUGUUUUUAAUAGUGGAAUUAUCUGUUAUAUCGUUGGGACUCGUGUUCAUCGAUAACUGAAGAGUUCUAUUCAGUUUUUAGGGUCCUUUAUUUUUUUUCCCUGCAGAGAUUUGUUUUAAAUUUUGCCAUUUUUUUUUUGGUUUGAUGUUUGAAGACAGUUUGAUGUUGGAAAACUGCUUUUGAAGAAACAGCCUGCGCCAGUUAGUUUAUGUAAAUUAAAAACAAAAACCAUCAAAUUGAAAGUUGACCAUUGUUUUUAAACUUCGGGUUUAGGUAAACUAGUUAAAUGAUAAACUAGUGCACAGCGUUUUAACUAGAUUAACUAGUUAUAUGGUUUUAUCAGUCAACAUGGUCCACAGCUAAUCCUGUUCAACUGUAGAUACCUUACUAAUAAACCGAAAAAUCCAUACGUGUUUCGCUUAAACCCCACCCCCCCCCCCCAAAAAAAAACUCUACACCCAAUCACAAAGUAUGUUAAUAACCUAAACUAGGUCAAGCCUUGGCAAUCUUAACAAAAAUAAAUAGUAAUUUUCCCGACCCUAAAAAAGAGAUUUUAUAGAAGCUAUGGAAGGGAAAAACCCUUAUUAUUGUAGAUUUCCAUUCAUUUUAUACAGAAUUUGUGCUGGAUUUUGUGAAAUCUGACCAUUAGUCCGUUCAUUUUAAGUAUUAUCUUUUCAAAGCCACUCUUUGUCAAAAAUAAAGGUAUCUAGAACAUAUUCCUGUAACGAUGAGAACUAUACUUGUGCAUGUACAUUUUCUUGGUGCAAAGAAAAUCUAACGUAUGUCCCUCAAAAUUAGCAUUUCCCUAUAUAAGCCCAAAAAAA